ACCACAGAACCACAACAACAAAGUGUAGUGUAGCCUCCAUGUGGCGUGUUUGUUUAUCCGCGCCCAGGGGAAGAAGUAUGGACUGACACAACAUGACCGUUCUUGAAACAGUUCAGAACUGGAUGAUUCUAAACUGGUUGACUGAUCACUCAUUCACUGUCAGUGUGAGAACAAACUAAGAAUUAAACAUAUGAACUUAAUGAAUACAACAAUAAAUCGCAAGUACCAGUUUAGAAGAAUAAUGUAUAAAAAUACAAAUCAGCGCACAAAUUGAAAAUGGUGGCAAUGGAUGGCCCAUGGUAUGAAAACAUUAAGAACAGACAGGGAACAGGUUUGGUGAAGAGAGACAGUUACCAAAUACUGGACCUUGAGAUUGACCAGAGUAUAGAAAGCACACUCAGCUCAGGACUGUGUGAUAUAGGAGAGGCAGAUAUCAAGUUGCAUGCAUACCAGGAGAUCCCAGAAUUCCUUCAAGGCAACCCUUAUGUUACCGAUGGCUACAGAGUGUCACUGCCAUUCACACUGUGUUUGAAAAGUAUGUUCAUUUGGAGCAAUGAAACAAUCAACAUCUGGUCACAUCUUGGCGGCUUCUUUCUGUUCAUCUUCCUCACCCUAUAUGACAACAUCAUAGAAAUUCCCUACAAUAAAGGCAGCCUGGCUGAUCAUCUCGUGGUUACUAUCGGGCUCUUUUGUUAUCAGUUCUGUAUGCUGUGUUCUGCUGGGUUCCACAUGUUUGGCUGCCACUCUGAACGUGCCAGUAAGCGGUGGCUGGCUGUAGAUCUGGCAGGCAUUCUUAUUGGAGUGAUAGGAUGCUAUCUACCAGCCGUGCACUAUGCAUUCUACUGCAUGUCUAUAUGGAGGGAUAUAUAUCUAUUCUCUAUAGCUGUGCUGUCUGCCCUGGUGGUAUUUGUCCAGUUUCAUCCACGCUACUUCUCUGUUCACUGGUUCAAGCAGCGUAUGGCGGUCUACGUAGGAUUGGUAGCAUAUGGAGUCAUACCUGCCUCACACUGGUUCUUCCUGAACGGCGGCUGGGAGGAAGAAAUUGUCAGAAUGUUCAUUCCUAAAGUUGUUGUGAUGUACAUGCUGGGGAUGCUUGCAUUUGCGUUCUACAUCUCCAAGUUUCCAGAGAGAUUCUUUCCAGGGACUUUUAACUUUCUUGGUUCAAGUCAUCAAUGGUGGCACUUGAUAGUGGUCCUGGCGUAUGCAUACUGGCAUUCCGCGGGCCGAGACUUGUUGUUGUUUCAGACUCGAAGAGGAUGCCAUUUCUGAUGCUGAACCCUGUGAUAAAAUUUGUCCUGAAAUUCACCAAUGUCUCCAUUUAUGCGUCUAUUUCCUCUUCAUUAUAUAUGGAUAUGUUCCUAUUUAUGCACUAAAAUCAUAAUUAAAUUUAAUCAUCCCUGAAGAAAUCUCCUAUAUAUGCUGUGAUAUACACUGUAGUUUGCAAUUUUGAUGCACACCCUAAGUGUUAUGUAGGGUCUUUUUAACAUAAGAUAACAAUUGUUUAAUAUAUGCUUGUUGUAAAAUAAACUGUGGGGUAUAUUGGAUUAUUUAUAUCCACGCACUCAUAGGUAUAAAACAUUAUGGAAAUGUGGAUAUUCUUGUUCUACAAUGGUUUUAUCAGUAUUUUGAUGUUUUCAUAUGUUAUAAUCUUCCAGCAGCUGUUUAAUAUAUAAUGUACAUGUCAUACAUAAUUUGUACAUGUUGUCCAAAACUAAAUCCGUCUGAAUAUUAGUACACACAAUUACUGCUGCUUUCAUUGUGUCUACAAAAUGCAAUGUAUUUAAAUUUUAAAAAGAUAGUAAUUUAUCAGUUCUAAUAUAUUUAAAUCUUGUCAUGUACCUCUUGUUUUUUCCAUCACAUGUUGUAUGUUGAGUCAGAUUUUAACAAUAUAACUGAAAUUCCUGCACUGUCAAAAUAGAUGCAGCAAUUUACAUAGAUGAUGUCCUAUGUAGGAAUAUGGUGUAGUGUUAUUAUAUGGAUUUGAUUUCAAAUAGGUGAUAAACUUCUAAUUAUCACUCCUCUUUCUUCAUUUUAACAAGAUUUUUAUGCUAAAUUACAUAUUGUUCAUUUAUUUAUGUUGUUAAAAUAUAAUGGUUCGCUUGGAACUAUUUGAGACGCUAGCUGGGUAGUAAAUACUUAAGAUUUUACAAUGCAGUAUUUCGUAUUGUAUUAUUAUACAUUAAUAUUUAAAGCUAUUUAUUGUUUCAAGUUAUCAAGCUUAACCUGUUCUGUGAUUCAGAAAUGACAUUGAUGAUGAUUGUUAAUUUAUUAUGAUUAAAAUUGUAUUCUUGUUUACAUGCAGCCACAUUACUUCCGAAGGGUAUAGCAUGUCUAUCCGUAGUAAAACUGUGUCUAUCCUACGAAAACUGCAUUUAAAAUUUAAAGCACAUCUUGACAGUUUUUGUUUAAAGGCAUGAUGCUAAUGAGAAGAGCCGAUACUAAUUUAUGAAAGUAAGGGAUAUAAGGAGAUUCUCUGCUCAGUUUUGGCAACAGUGGAUAACAACUAACAUCACUGUUUGGGCACUAGAAAACCCUUCAAAAAGUAAGAAACAAACAUUCCUAAAAAUAACAAUAGAGUCAGGAUAUAAACAUAUAAAAGCAUAUUUGGUUAUUUGUAUUACAUUAAUUACUAAGAGGGUGUUAUAAUAUACAAUAAGUAUCAAGGAAGGUUUGAAAAUGUUUACUGUAUAAGAAGUUAAAAACUAUUUUAUUAUAAAAACAUUUCACUAUGCAGAUCAACUGUUCAUCAAACGUUUGUCACAUUUAUUCGUUAACAUAUCUGAAAUGAGUAUUAUUGUGUUAUUCAAGUAUAUUUCAUGUAUGAACCAAAAAAAUACAGUAUUUUGAAACUUUAAGCGAUCUCAGUCAUCUCUAUAUUUAAGAAAUUGUUGCUAGACUCAAACUCAAAUCAACAUCGAGAACUAUGCAUAGAGAAAAGCUCAUUUCAGCGAAUCUGCCAUGUAAGGUAGAAUAAAUAACACAAAAACGUUCUUUGUGUUCUCACUACUAUCAAAUAUCUACACUACCUCUUGCAAACCAUUAUGUGGGCAUUUCAUAUAAGCAUUUGAUUAUUUUUCAUAUCUACAGUAAAUAGAGGCUUUUAUAAAGUAGAUUUUCUUAUUGUAUGACUGCUGAUAUGAAUGUUUCAGAGCAAUAUUUUGCUGGAAAUGUUUUUAAAUAUAAAUGUUGUUGUUUUAAGCUCCACUGGCCGAAGGCAAGCGGGGCCUAUGUCAUGGUCCUGUGUCCGUUGUUCGUGCGUGUGUGCGUUAACUUUUUCUUUAAACAUCUCCUAAACUACUGGUCCAAUUCUGAUAAAAUUUCUCAGGAAUGUUCAUGUGGUGAACCUCUUUCAUAUUUGUACAAAUUAUGCCCCUGGGGUCAAAUUUGACCCUGCCCCGGGGGGUCAAAAAAUUGAAAAAUUGUAAUAUAAGGCCUAUUUUGUGCAAACUUUAAAAAUCUUCUUGUCCAUAACCAUUGGGCUUAGGGCUACCAAAUUUAGUAGGUAGUGACAUCUUAUAGUCCUCUACCAAGUUUGUUCAAAUUAUGCCCCUGGGGUCAAAUUUGACCUUGCCCCGGGGGGUCAAAAAAUUGAAAACUUGCUUAUAUAAGGCCUAUUUUGUGCAAACUUUAAGAAUCUUCUUUUCCAUAAACAUUGGGCCUAGGGCUACCAAAUUUGGUAUGUAGUGACAUCUUAUAGUCCUCUACCAAGUUUGUUCAAAUUAUGCCCGUGGAAUUAAAUUUGACCCUGCCCCGGGGGGUAAAAAAAAUGAAAAUUUGCGUAUAUAAGACCUAUUUUGUGCAAACUUUAAAAAUCUUCUUGUCCAUAACCAUUGGGCGAAGGGCUACCAAAUUUAGUAUGUAGUGACAUCUUAUAGUCCUCUACCAAGUUUGUUCAAAUUAUGCCCAUGGGGUCAAAUUUGACCCUGCCCCGGGGGGUUAAAAAAUUGAAAAUUUGCUUAUAUAAGGCCUAUUUUGUGCAAACUUUAAAAAUCUUCUCGUCCAUAACCAUUGGGCCUAGGGCUACCAAAUUUGGUAUGUAGUGACAUCUUAUAGUCCUCUACCAAGUUUGUUCAAAUUAUGCCCAAGGGGUCAAAUUUGACCCUGCCCCGGGGGGUCAAAAAAUUGAACAUUUGCUUAUAUAAGGCCUAUUGUUUUGAAAACUUUUACAAAUCUAACUGUCCAUGACCAUUGGGCCAAGGGCUACCAAAUUUGGUAUGUAGUGACAUCUUAUAGUCCUCUACCAAGUUUGUUCAAAUUAUGCCCCUGGGGUCAAAUUUGACCCUGCCCCGGGGGGUCAAAAAAUUGAAAAUUUGCUUAUAUAAGGCCUUUUUUGUAAAAACUUUAAAAAUCUUUACGGCCAUAACCAUUGAGCCUAGGGCUACCAAAUUUGGUAUGUAGUGACAUCUAAUAGUUCUCUACCAAGUUUGUUCAAAUUAUGCCCCUGGGGUCAAAUUUGACCCUGCCCUGGGGGGUAAAAAAAUCGAAAAUUUGCUUAUAUAAGGCCUAUUUUGUGCAAACUUUAAAAAUCUUCUUGUCCAUAACCGUAUGGCAUAGGGCUACCAAAUUUGGUAUGUAAUGACAUCUUAUAGUCCUCUACCAAGUUUGUUCAAAUUAAGCCCCUGGGAUCAAAUUUGACCGUUCCCCAGAGGUCACAAAAUUGAACAUAUGCUUAUAUUGGGCCCAUUUUGUGCAAACUAUAAAAAUCUUCUUGUCCAUAACCAUUGGGCCUAUUUCUACCAAAUUCAGAAGGUAGUGACAUAUAAUAGUUCUCUACUUAGUUUGUUAAAAUUAUGCCCCUGGGAACAAAUUUGACCUUGCCCCAGGGGUCACAAAAAUGAACAUAUGCUUAAAUAAGGCCUAAUGUGUGCAAACUUUAAAAAUCUUCUUGACAGUUUGUUCUUAAUUAUAGAGCCUUGGGCUACUAAAUUUGGUAUGUAGUGAUAUCUAAUAGUCCUCUACCAAAUUUGUUCAAAUUAUUCCCCUGGGCUCAAAUUUGACCCGGCCCCGGGGGACACAAAACUGAACAUAUGACGUUUACCAGUGGAGAUUACCGCGGCCAUUUGGCUGUGACCAACAACAACAUCAACAUCUUGUAAACAUGAGAUAAAACCCUGUCAUUUAGUGCCAUUUUAGGUCAGUUGGUGACUGCUUACAAAGGCAUUGAAGUAAGAACAUGUGUUAUGAAUGUUUUUGUUAUGAAUGUUUUUCUUACAAACUGAAAAAAGUCGGGUUUUAUUUAAAAAUGUCGAAAGUGACCAUAUAUCCACAGGUGGUUAGCGUGUGGCUAUGAUAUUAAUUAGUGAAAACAUCAUUUUGAAUGAUAAAUUAUCAUAUUAUAACGAAAAAUUAACUUUUAUGAAAAAAAUAAUUCACUAUCAAAUGUAUAUAUAACAAGGUAUGCAGCUCAAAAUCAGCCCAAAACGGGGUGCAUCGCUUUGAACAGCCAUAUCUUCAUCAAUUGUGCAGCGAUGUUCACGAUCUCGGUCUUAUUCAACGCAGAAAUGAAUUUCCUUUCUGGAAAUGUAUAUGUCUUGCAAUAUUUUUACAAAUGCUGGGUCAACUUUUAAGAAAUAACACAAUACACAACUCGUAUGACCCAGUUGACAAUGAUCAUGCCUGUGCAAAGGACCUGUGCAACAAUUCCCGGGCUUUUAAGUCUGUUUAGUUUACAGGGUAGUAACUUUUUCCAUAUAUAAAAAAGCUCACCCUUCCAACUUUAAACCCCCAGUGGGAUAGAAAGAGAAAGUCACAUGCUUGAGUACAUUUCAACCCAUGCGCAUUGCACGUUUUCUCGCAUAGAAAAAACAGUGGAGCGAUACAGGGCCAUCAUGGCCCUCUUGUUUCAUUUCUUUUAUUAUGUCCAUAUCAAUUGCUUUUUCAUAUUUGUUUGUAUGCCCUAUAUAAAAGAUAGCAUGUAUGUUGGUUUGUGCCGACAUUUGUGUCCUCUUAGUCCAACAAUAAACUAAUAUUCAUACAAAUAUUAAUGGGCAUUAUAUCUCUAUCAUAAUAUCAUAUCAUAAUAUCUGAUAUAUUAUCAACCAAAUCAAUUGAAGAAAUGUAGAGCUAGAAACAUUUGAAGAAGAUAUUAAGUAGUUUCUGUAUGCAAAAGUGUUUUUGUUCGGUCAAAGCAGUUUUAGAGAAAAUCUAGGCAAUAAAUCAGUAACAGCCUUUAAAGCAGUUUAGUCUCCCUAUCUUCAACAAUUUUUUUUUAUCUUUAUUAAACUUGAUAUAUUACAGUUUGCUUUAAAUCUAGUAUGAUUUCUUUUCUGUUUUUGAAAAAAAAACAUUUAAAGAUUGCCUCGAACAUUUAUAUUUUUAUAUGAAAUGAAAAAUUUGCAAAUAUAUUUUUAAGACUGCAACAUGGAUUCAAUCCAUUUUUUUCAUUCAAAGAUGCUGCUGGGAAAAAAAACUUGAGAGAAAAAAAAAAGAUAUUGCUAUAACAAAAUUGAGUCUUUAAACAUCAGAAAACCAAAACUUGCAAAUGGACAUUCUAUAUUGCUUUUGAUAAAACACAAACACAUUUGUAUAUAAUGAAACAUCAAUAUCCAAAACAGUAAUAUCAGUAUUUAGAAUCUCUGAAAUAAAUCUAACACAAAUUUACAUUUCUUCUUGGUAUUCUUGACUACUAUGCACUGUUAUGUUCUCAUGCACAAAUGUUUAAUCACUAUGUAUGUAUGAUGUUUUAUUGUCUGUGAUUUUAUUUUUAUUCUAUUUUAUAUUGUUCUAAUUAUUUUAAUUUCUUACUUUUAGAAAAUAAAGUGAUAAACCCAG